UCCAGAGUGGCGGCUGUAAAAGAAGGUUAAUAUGUGUCAAGAAAGGAUUCCACAUUUUUGACACCAAAGCGCAGAAACUUUUUCUUUUUUGUAGAAGUAUUGACAGUGACGUGUAGCAUUUAAAUACGUCAAUACCUAGUGGAACAUUAAUUGGUACAUUAUUUACAUAAUAAUAUAUUGCAAAGUGAAAGUUAUAAUUACAGUUUGUAAAUGUUUUAUUGCAAACAGUAACUUUUUUUUUAAUUGAGUGACGGUGAUUUUUUUUUUUUUUUUUACAGCUAGCAUUAAACAAAUGCAUUCGUUUUAUUGAGGACCCCUUGAAAUAUAGCAGCUUUAGAGUGCACUACAAUUAAAGAUUAAGUUAUUUGCAUUGUUAUUACAAAUAAAUACCGACUGUACAGUAAACAGGGAAGACAUGAUGGAGAUACUGGAUGGCGGAGAACCGCUUUUACAUUGGGAUCGAAAUCUAAGUGAACUGUCAGAACCUGGAGAACAUGAAAAUGUACUGUACAGUACGCACUUCUCAGAGCUGCUGGACGACUUCUCUCAGGACGCCAUCCUGGGCCAACUGUUGAGCGACCCCUUCCUGUCUGAUAGGAGCGAGGCUAUGGAGACAGAGGAGGAGAAACCAACCUCCCCCUCGCCCCCUCACAUCCAGACCGAACAUAGCUAUUCGCUGAGCGGGGACUCCCGGCCACAGUCCCCCCUCACACACCUCCCCGGCGAAGUGGGCAGGGAACAGGGUGAUGAGGAUAGCGAGUGCUGGCCCAUGGAGAGCCCAGAGAAGGAGCUGAAGAUGGAUCAUCUCCUGUGCGACCCCACCAGCCUCCUCCCUGCCCUCACACUCGCAGCCUCCAAGACACAGAGCCCCGCACUGGCCGUUCCCAUCCUGGUGACCACACCGCCACAGGUCACAAUCGCCAACCAGAGGAAUGAUGCCAGUGAAGAGGUUUUGCCAAAGAUUAAGCUGGAGCCUCAUGAAGUGGAUCAGUUCCUGAACCUCUCGCCUAAAGUCCUGGACUCCGUGCAGCUGCCCCCUACCCCCCCCAGCUCCCAUGGCAGUGACUCAGAGGGUGGGCAGAGCCCGACCAGAUCCUGCCUAUCUCCCAGCUCCACCCAGUCAAAGCCCAUCCUAAAAGUGGCACCCCGGGUGCCUUCCUCCCUCACCAACUCUCCACUUCUCACCGCCCCACACAAGCUGCAAGGCUCUGGGCCCCUGAUGCUUACAGAGGAGGAGACGAGAACACUGAUCGGUGAGGGUUACCCCGUCCCCACCAAGCUCCCCCUCUCCAAAGCUGAGGAGAAAGCACUGAAGAAAAUCCGCAGGAAGAUCAAAAACAAGAUUUCUGCUCAAGAAAGUCGAAGAAAAAAGAAAGAGUACAUGGACACUCUGGAGAAAAAGGUAGAAAUGUGCUCCAAUGAGAACAGCGAACUGCGUCGCAAAGUGGAGACUCUGGAGAUCACAAACAGGUCUCUGCUCCAGCAGCUUCAGUGUCUGCAGGCGGUGGUAGCUGGGAAGGUCCCCCGGUCCUGCCGUGUUGCCUCUACCCAGACUGGCACCUGCCUCAUGGUGGUGAUGCUGUGUUUUGCUGUCUUCCUGGGUAGCUUCUCACCGAGUUUUGGUCCCUGCUCCACUAUCACAAUGACAGGAGUUCCCAGCCAGAGUUCAGCAAAGGAAUCCUAUACAGCCACAGUGCGGUCGAGGAGCUUGCUGGGGUAUGAGGAGCGCAGUGCACUUGAGGAGCUGCACCCCUCUGUGCUAUCUGUAGAGUACACUGAGGCAUGGGACAGACAGAAGGACACAGGCCCACGAUACGCAGCACAGGCACAAGAGCCAGACAGUCACGCUGAGUAUCUGAGCAGCAAUGACAUGCAGACAGAGAAAUCCAUACUGAUAGACUUGCACCCUUACAGAUCUCACAUGGAAUUGCAAGCAAAUGAAAGCAGAAAAGUGAUAGAGAUUGAGAGGACAGUGAACAAAACUUCCUGAAGUCAUGUGCCUCCCCUUUCUUUCCCUUUCAGCCAAUACUCUCAACAUUACAGGCUUAUUCUUUUCUCUUUAGUAUUUAUAUAUUAUACAUAUUGUAUUCAUUUUUAGGGUUUUAUGUAUUUUUUCAGUUUUGUUUUUGUAUACUUUCGAAAAUAUUUAGUCAUCUGUGUUUUAUUUGUUAUUACAAUACCCCAUCUCUUCCCCCC